AUGAAAUUUGAUUAUUGCCGGCGGAUUUUUUCCGCCGGUAAAGAUAGUAUUAUUACCGGCGGACUGACUCUGCCGCCGGUAUACCUGAUUUUUGUUGUAGUGUAUGUGGUGGCCUUUCAAGUAGAUGCUGAAGAAAAGCGUUGCUACUUCUUUGAAGAAUUUCCUUCAGAUUCCAAAGCCGACGUUUUCGAUCAAUGUCGUCAAAGGGUUGAUGCUGCUAAUGUCUCAGUUAGUUAUGGCAGCUUAGGAAACAGAGAAAAAACCCCGUUGGGAUUCGAGCCAUUAUCCAAUUGCCUCUAUAAGUUUAAUAAAUUUGAUGGCACAGGUGAUGAUAAAGAACUUCGUAAAGGUCUUCUAGUUGUCAUACAAAUGGUUGCGGAGGCUGCAAGAUUCAAAUAUAUUCAGAAAAAAAUGAGACCGGAACAGGAACCGCAAUCGGAACCGAUAAUGGACUAUGUCGACGGAUUUUUACCAGCAGGUGAUAUUAUCAGCCAUGAGAAUAAAUGGGAGGAUCUUUCCAAACAAAUCCAGCAGAGUAAAAAUGGACGGUUCAAUAGUCCAGUUCAAUUGCAAUACGCAAACUACAAGAAAUACGAUGUGAGCAAUGUUGCAGAAGUCUAUAUUGGCUUCUCACUAUCGAUGGUCACUGAUCUACGUUAUCAUCUUUAUGCACCGAGUGACUGGAGUUUGGAUAUUCUAAGAAGCAUAUUAAGUGAUGUUGCAACUAUGGGAACUGAUUCUACCUACUAUGAUUCUCCUGCUAGUACGAGCAUGGUGGGGGAUGCAUUGCUAUCACCUGCCAAAGGCGCCACUCUCCAAUUCUUCAAAGCUGCAAGUCCAAAAGCUUUGGUGUGA